AUGGCUGAAGCAAUAUUAGACUUUAGUAAAGAACUUGAUGUUGCUUUAUUAGAUCAGGUUGUCAUGACCUUUUUUAGUGGUUCUGGUCAAGAGCAACAAUUAGCUCAACAAAUUUUGACACAAUUUCAAGACCAUGAGGAAGCUUGGACUAGAGUAGAUGGCAUUUUGGAGAAAUCGAGCGUUCCUCAGACAAAGUUUAUUGCUUUACAAAUCCUUGAAAAAUUUAUUCAAACGCGAUGGAAUACGCUACCAGCUGAUAGUAGAAAUGCCAUCAGAUACUUUGUUGUUAACGUUAUUGUUCAAGAAUCCUCUGAUGAAAACAACUUGAUAAAGCAGCGCACAUACAUCAACAAACUUAAUAUGACGCUCGUUCAGAUCCUUAAACAAGAAUGGCCUCAUAAUUGGCCCACAUUUAUCCCUGAAAUUGUUUCCUCCAGUCAAACAAAUCUUGCUCUUUGUGAAAAUAAUAUGGCUAUUCUUAAGUUGCUAAGUGAAGAAAUUUUUGAUUUUUCAGCUGAACAAAUGACUCAAUCCAAGGCAGCCACUUUGAAGCACCAAAUGAAGCAAGAGUUUUCCCAAAUUUAUAACUUGUGUAGGGAAGUUCUCGGAAAAGCAACAAAACCUAGCCUUAUUAAAUCGACACUCGAAACACUGCUCAGAUUUGUUCACUGGAUUCCUACUGCUUAUAUCUUCGAAACGGAUCUUAUUCCUACUCUUCACUCCAAGUUCUUUGACACACCUCAGUUCAGAAAUGUAACUUUAAGAUGCUUUACGGAGAUCAGUGCUAUUGAAGUCACUGAAGCUUAUUAUGAAUCUAUUUAUUCAUUAUUCACAAGCGUCAUGGCCACCACAAACGUCAUGGUCCCACCACAGACCGAUAUGGCUGAGAUAUACGAAAAUAGCAAUGACAAUGAUCAAGAGUUUGUGCAAAAUUUAGCCAUGUUCCUUACCACUUUCUUGUCUGCUCACUUAAAGAUCAUUGAACGCUUUCCAGAUACUGCACAAGUGUUGGUCAAUGCGCACUUUUAUAUCAUCAAGAUUUCUCAUGUAGAAGAUCGAGAAAUUUUCAAGAUCUGCUUGGAAUAUUGGGCUAAAUUUGUAGAAGGCUUGUUUGAAGAAGCAGCCCAACAGAAUUUGAGUAGACAUAUGAUUUACCACCCUGUCUUAUCACAAUUAAGAGUAGUGAUGAUCGAACGCAUGGUUAAGCCAGAAGAAGUGUUGAUUGUCGAAAAUGAUGAAGGCGAAAUUGUCAGAGAAUUUGUAAAGGAAAGCGAUACUAUUGUGUUAUACAAGAGUAUGAAGCAAGUCUUGGUGUACUUGACUCAUCUUAACGUUGAAGAUACGGUGAACAUUAUGACAGUUAAAUUGAAUAGACAGAUGGAUGGAACUGAAUGGUCCUGGAACAAUUUGAAUAAAUUAUGUUGGGCAAUUGGUUCAAUCUCUGGUGCAAUGGAUGUAGAUACAGAAAAGAAGUUUUUGGUAACAGUCAUCAAGGAAUUAUUAAGCCUUUGUGAAAUGAAGCGUGGAAAGGAUAACAAGGCUGUGGUAGCAUCCAACAUUAUGUACUGUGUUGGUCAGUACCCAAGAUUCUUGAAAUCCCAUUGGAAGUUCUUAAAGACAGUCGUCAACAAGCUAUUUGAAUUCAUGCAUGAACUUCAUGAAGGUGUUCAGGACAUGGCUUGUGAUACAUUCAUAAAGAUUGCCCAACAAUGUAAAAGACACUUUAUUGUAGUGCAGAUGGGAGAAGACAUGACUUUUGUUGAUGAAAUACUCGACAACAUCAGUCGUAUCACUUCAGACCUUGCUCCUCAGCAAAUUCACACUUUUUAUGAAGCUAUCGGUUACAUGAUCUCUGCAGAAACUAAUCCAGUAGAACAAGAACGAUUGAUCACUAAGUUUAUGUCAUUACCCAACUCUGCUUGGGAUAGCUUAAUAGCACAAGCUAAGCAAAACCCAGAAUGUCUGAAUAAUGCAGCAGAAAUCAAGGUCUUAGCCAACGUAGUGAGAACAAAUGUUGCUGCUUGUACAUCUGUUGGUUCUACUUUCAUUCUUCAAGUCAGUCGAAUUUAUGCUGACCUGUUAGCCUUGUACCGCAUUAUUGGUGAAUUAGUUUCACAGAACAUAGCUACACAAGGUCCUAUUGCUACAAAAACACCUAAAGUUCGUGGUUGGAGAACAAUUAAAAAGGAAAUUUUGAAAUUGAUUGACACUUAUGUUGAAAACACAACAGACAUUCAUACUGUGAACAACAACAUGGUUGAUCCCUUCUUAGAGGCUGUAUUGACCGACUUCAAUACCAGUGUGGACACAGCAAGGGAUGCUGAAGUGUUAAACGUGAUAACCACCAUUAUCAAUAAGCUUCAGUCACUGAUGACACCCCGUGUUGCUACCAUCUUUGAAGCUACGUUUGAGCCUACAUUGAACAUGAUAACAAAAGAUUUUGCUGAAUACCCUGAACACAGAACUGGAUUUUACUCCAUGUUAAGAGCCAUCAACCGACAUUGCUUUACUGCUUUAUUAGAACUUGCCCCAGGUCAGUUCAAACUCUUUAUCGACAGUAUCGUUUGGGGCUUCAAGCAUACGAUGCGUGAUAUUGCUGACAUCGGUCUCGAGAUCUGUGGUGAAUUGAUUGACAACAUCAGCCGUACAGAUACAGCCAUUGCUGGAGCAUUUUAUCAAUCUUACUACCUCAGUCUGCUACAGGACAUCUUCUUUGUGCUUACUGACAGUGAUCACAAAAGUGGAUUCAAGGGUCAAACUGAAGUUCUUGCACGUCUCUUUGAAUUGGUAUCAAGCAAUAUGAUCACAGCUCCACUGUUCGAUCCUUCUCAGGUGACAAAUCCCAAUAUGACGAAUGCGGAAUUCUUACGCGAGCAUGUUUCUACUUUACUUCAAAACGCAUUCCCUCAUCUUCAAAGUGCUCAAAUCAAAGUAUUUGUUCACGCCAUGUUUGAAUAUAAUAGUAAUCCUACCAAAUUCAAGCUAGAAGUGCGCGACUUCCUUAUCCAAUUGAAGGAGUUUGCUGGAGAGAAUGCAGAACUUUAUUUAGAAGAAAAAGAGAGAGAAAUGGAAGCUCAACGAAAAGCAGAAAUGGCAAAGGCUCUAAGUAUUCCUGGAAUGCUCAAGCCAUCUGAAUUACCAGUCAUGGAUGAGGAUGAAAACCUUUAA